AUUCAGUUGGCUUCAAUCUAUCCAAAGACUUUCAUUUUGCUAGAAUUCUCUCAACCACUGUAUUAAUAAUGGGUGUUAAAACUGCUUUUCAAUUGGAAAAGGCUGGAAUUAAGAACAUUGGUAAAAAUUUUCUAUCAUUUCAAGCUUUCGAAGCUAUUUCUGUUGGAGAAUUAGUAGACGUAAUGAGAGGAAAUGUGGUGAAACAAAAAUCACGCUUUACCGUUCAGAUAAGCAAAAAUUUACACAUGGAUGUAGUAGAACCAAUUAAAUAUACAAAUCACUCCUGCAAUCCCAAUUGUAAGCUGGACGUUAAAACUGGACAACUUACUGCUGUUAAAGCAAUAAAACCAGGGCAAAAUAUUACUUUUGACUAUUGUACAACGGAAUACGAAAUGGAAGAGCACUUUAAAUGCAAUUGUGAAAGUGAUAAAUGUAGAGGUUUUAUUCAGGGCUUUAAAUACCUUAAACCAAACGAAAAGAAGCUCAUUUUACCAAAAUUGUCCGAGUGCAUCAAAGAAAACUACUUGAACGAAGAAGAUGAGAGAGUUAGCAUAAAGAGUGUGGAGUAACUUUAAAAGUUACAUAUAUUAUUUUUAUACGUUAUAGUUUCUUUCCUGAUAUUUUCUGUAAUUUAAUUAAAAAUUUACGAAUAUUUCCCUAUUUUUGGUGAGCAUAAUAUUGUAGUGUAUGUCAUUAGGGUUAGGGUUAAUGUGAUAUCUUGUUUUUACAUUAGUAUCAAUCUUACAUGUCGCUUACCGUGACGAAUCUUUGUAGUACUAGAUUGAAGGACUAUUGAAGAUAAUUGGUACUAUGUACUUUAAAUGUUACCUGUAACUUGAUGAUAAUACAAGUAAAUAUUAUGUUUCUUUCAUUCAACUGAAUAACAAGUAUAUCAUACAAAUUCAAUCUUCGUAAGAAAACAGUGUAAACUAAAAGCCAUUAAGAUUAAAUAGGGAACACUUAAAACCAGACAGCAUAAGCAGGAAUUAUUAUAUGUUAAAAACCAUUCGCCAAGGCGACAAGAGUAAAUAUUAGCCUUAUUUUUUUAUAUGGAGAAAACUUACUUCCUGGGCCUCUGUCACGUAGAGGACAUCUGGUGUCUG